AUGAACGAAGAUGGAUCGAACAAUUUAAUCAUAGAAGAUGUAAUCCGAAAACAUAUUGAAGAGAAUAAGGAACUGGUUGGGAAAAUAAUAAAAUUUAGAGACAGGAUACCACUAGUAGAGUAUAAAAAAAAGGAUGAUGAAAUGUACAUCUGCUCAAAGUACUAUUUUAUAGGUGAUAUUUACAUUAAGGUGAAGAAGAGGAACGAUAAGUUUAGGCUCUCUUUUGUGGGGAGUAAAUUGGGCGAUGAGGAGGAGCAUCUUGGCCUGUCAAAUCCGGAGCAGUUGAAUAGAGAGGUGGAGAGCAGUUCCAUGCUUAUUGAUAAGAAGGAUAGGUUGGGGGGAAUGCCAGGGGAACACGAAGAUGUAGACAAGCUACAUACAGAAGUAUCCAGUGAUAAGCCGCGAACGUACGCAGACAAUGAUGAACUGAGUGCACAAGAAGAUACGCACGAAUUGUAUACAGAGCUAGAUAACGAAAUUAUAAAUGGUGAGUUAGAAAAAGAAUUACUGAACAGAGAUUUGUGGAGUCAAAUGUCGAACAUUCAUUUGGACAGAGAAAUUCUGAACGCAGAGUUAUACAACCAGGUAUCGAAGACAGAUCGCGGAAAUUGGGUUCUUUCAAAAUUCAGGAAAAAGAAAUAUAUCAUUAUUUUGAGUGGAACCUCAGGGGGAGGUAAGAGCACUCUUAGUUGCCUACUGGGUUUUUUUUUGAACAUUCGACGGAUUCUAUCGACAGAUGUGGUGCGUGAAAUUUUAAGAAAAUACAAAAUGAAGGAUGACAAGUAUCUUAAGUUUUCAACGUAUGAAUCUUGGAAGGUUAACGAGAGCGAUGAUGAUGGGGGCGUUAGCUCUAGUGCAAGCCGUGGGGGUAGCAGUAUAGGUGCUGAAAAUGGUGGGGGAAGCAGUAUAGGUGCUGAAAACGGUGGGGGUAGUGGAAGUAAUGAUCACCCCGAAGGAAGUAAAGCAGAGAGUGUAGAAACGCGGCUAAGAAGGAAGUGCAUCGAGAACUACGCGAAGCAGUGCGAAUUACUGUUCACCUACAUCGAUGACAUAAUUAAUGAUCAUAUAAGGAGUAACGAAUCCAUCAUCAUUGAAGGGGUUCAUCUAAACGCAGACAUGAUAAAGAAAUUUAACAAAAAAUAUCCAAACAGCAUUAUCUAUUUUUUAGUAUAUAUAAAUGAUAAGGAAACCAGUAUUCAGAGAUUUUCAAGCAGAUCUGUAGAUUCGAAGACGGAAGAAAAUAAGUAUAUAAAAAAUAUUAACUAUAUUAAUGACAUACAGAAGUAUUUACUGGAAAGAACCAAAUGUUUGAAUCCGCCAAUUAAUUAUAUUGAAAAUAUAGACAUAUAUAAUUCGCUAGAAAAGGUCCUUCGGAUAAUUUAUUCAUUUGGUUAA